AUGGCGACCCCCGGGCAGCUGCAGAUGUACAACAAGCUCGAGGUGGGGGAGAUGUUCGGGCUCGACCACCGUGCCAAGGGGGUCGAUGGCGUCAUUCGUCGGAUUCAUGUGUUGCCGGACGAGAAGGUCUCGCAUGCCGUUCUUUUCCAGAUUUGGCUCGAAGACCACACAUUGGGCAACAUCCUCCGGAUGGAGCUGCUCCGAAACGAGGCCGUGCUCUUUGCAGGGUACAAGGUCCCCCAUCCGCUCAACAACAUGAUCGAGCUACGGGUGCAGACCACGCCGAGUAGCACUCCGGAGUUGGCACUGCGCCGCGCUGUCGCGAACCUGCGAUCUGAAUGUAAGAGCAUGCUGAGCCAGUUCGACGAGGGCAUCCAUGAUCUGGGUGCUGACAACUUGCUGGAGAUCGACGACGAGAAGCUGGAGAAGUCGCCGAAGGGAGGCUACGCAGGGGUGCAGGACACAGAUUUGGGCUACAGCCCAAGCGACGAGGACAACCUCAACAACCGCUUCCAAGAGCAGCUUGAGGCUUUUGAGCAACGACACGCCGGAGCAUUCAGUCCGGAGUACCUGCCGACGUCGCUGCCGCCGGAGGAUGAUGAGUAG